AUGGCUUCCUUGCCCAAGCCUUCCACCUCCAGGAACGGAGCAGACGUGACUGUUCUGCUUGGUUCGCAAUGGGGUGACGAGGGUAAAGGUGAGUCGUAUGGUAGCCGGAGCAUGAUGAGGUCUAGGUCUCUUCAGCGACUGAACCUGCUGCUUUGAUUUGCUUGCUGCGCUGCUACAGGCAAGCUAUCGGAUAUCUUAUCGGCAGAGAUGGACGUCUGCGCGAGGUGUGCUGGAGGUAACAAUGCUGGACACACCAUCGUGGUCAACAUGCCUGGCCCAGACGACAAGCCUGUCCGCACAAAGUUCGACUUUCAUCUGCUCCCAAGUGGUGAGUAUCACCGUUGUACUCGUCCUCAUCGCGCCUUGUCACGAGUGCUGCUUGUGUGAAUUGAUUCGACCCGUUGUAUGCGCCCAGGCUUGGUCAACCCAAAAUGCGUAGGCUUCAUCGGCUCGGGUGUGGUGGUCCACGUACCAUCAUUCUUUGCAGAGCUGGACGCGCUCGAGAAGAAGGGUGAGUGUGUCCGUACGAGCUUCCGCUGAGUCCCCGCAUUGACGCUCUCCCCUUCUGGCCGGAAUUCAAUAGGUCUGAACUGUGACGGACGUCUGUUCGUGUCAGAUCGCGCGCACCUGGUCUUUGACUUUCACCAAGUGGUGGAUGGUCUGAAGGAAAUCGAGCUAGGAGGAAGCAGCAUUGGAACGACAAAGAAGGGAAUUGGACCCGCCUACUCUUCCAAGGCUUCCAGAUCCGGUCUGCGCGUUCAUCACUUGUAUGACCCAGAGCAAUUUGCUGCGAAGUUCCGCAAGCUGGUCGAGGGUCGCAUCAAGCGCUAUGGUCAUUUCGAGUACGAUACAGAGGGAGAGAUUGCGCGCUACAAAGUGAGCAUGUGAUCAUCUGCUUGGCGUGCCGCUCGACUUGUCCUUGAAGCUGAAACACUACACGCUCGUAUUGGACAGGCGUUUGCUGAGCGUCUCAAGCCCCACAUCGUCGACGGAGUCACUUUCAUCCACCAAGCAAUCUCGGACAAGAAGCGCAUUUUGGUGGAGGGUGCAAACGCGCUGAUGCUCGAUCUGGACUUUGGCACCUACCCGUUCGUUACCAGCAGCUCCACCUCCAUUGGAGGUGUUUGCACGGGAUUGGGCAUUCCUCCUCAGUCCAUUGGCGAGGUGAUUGGGGUUGCCAAAGCGUACACUACGAGAGUUGGAGGAGGACCUUUUCCCACUGAGCAGCUGAAUGUGAGUUUUCUAUCCACAAUAGGGGCGCUAAACCUACGUGUUGCGAUGCCCCCCUUCCCGCCAAACCCUCCUCUACCUCGCUCAAUCUAGAACGACCGGUCUCGCUGACACGUGCUACCUUGAUGCUGUCGCAGGACAUCGGUGUCCACCUCCAAGAGGUGGGUGCAGAGUACGGCGUCACAACGGGCAGAAGAAGACGAUGCGGAUGGUUAGACCUAGUAGUGCUGCGCUACUCGUGCCUCGUAAACGGCUACACUUCUCUCAACCUGACCAAGCUAGACAUUUUGGACGGUCUGGACGAGCUAAAGAUUGCCACGUCUUAUAGACUGCACGGCAAAGAUCUUCAAUCCUUUCCCGCCGAUCUGGAAAGCUUGGCAGAGGUGGAGGUGGUGUACGAGACUGUGCCUGGUUGGAAGGAGGACAUCACAAAGGCUACAAGCUUUGAACAAUUGCCCGAAAAAUGCAAAGCUUACGUGCUGCGCAUCGAGCAAUUUUUGGGAGUCCACAUCAAAUGGAUCGGGGUGGGAGCUGGAAGGGAAAGCAUGAUUGUCCGCUAA